GCCGCCGCCCCGACUCGACUCCCCCCGUGCCCGGAUACAGAUACACCCACCGGGCCACGCCAAAUCGAACGACACCUAAUCCAUCUCCCCCUCCCUCGUCUACCAGCCCUCCUCCGGUCCACCCUCCCUCCUUCCCCCGUCGCCAACCUCCAGCCUCGUCCCACACCGAUCGCGCCGGAGAUGCUGGGCGUCGCGCGGAGGCGGCUCGGAUCCAGAUGCGUGCUCGGCCAGCUGGCGCAGGCCCUCCGCCCGGCGGCCGCCGCCGCGGCUCCAGCGAGGACCUACUCCGCCGCCGCCAAGGAGAUAACUGUGCGGGAAGCAUUGAAUUCUGCGCUAGAUGAAGAAAUGUCUGCAGAUCCUUCUGUUUUCUUGAUGGGAGAAGAGGUUGGGGAGUACCAAGGUGCAUACAAGAUAUCCAAGGGUUUGCUUGACAAAUAUGGCCCUGAUAGGGUUCUCGAUACACCAAUCACUGAGGCUGGCUUUACUGGUAUUGGUGUUGGUGCUGCCUACCAUGGUCUUCGACCUAUAGUAGAGUUCAUGACAUUUAACUUUUCAAUGCAGGCAAUUGAUCACAUCAUUAAUUCAGCUGCCAAGUCGAACUACAUGUCAGCUGGUCAGAUAUCUGUUCCUAUUGUCUUCAGAGGGCCAAAUGGCGCUGCUGCUGGAGUUGGUGCUCAACACUCGCAGUGCUAUGCAGCUUGGUAUGCUCAUGUUCCUGGAUUGAAAGUUCUAGCACCAUAUUCUGCAGAAGAUGCUCGAGGUUUGCUGAAAGCAGCAAUCAGGGAUCCAGAUCCUGUUGUUUUCCUGGAAAAUGAACUUCUAUAUGGUGAAUCAUUUCCUGUUUCUGAUGAGGUACUCGAUUCUAGCUUCUGCCUUCCAAUCGGCAAGGCUAAGAUAGAGAGACAAGGAAAAGAUGUUACAAUCACUGCAUUCUCUAAGAUGGUCGGAUAUGCUCUUCAGGCUGCAGAUAUACUGGCCAAGGAGGGUAUCAGUGCUGAGGUAAUCAAUCUUCGUUCAAUUAGACCGCUGGAUAGAGCCACUAUUAAUGCAUCUGUGAGGAAAACCAAUAGAUUGGUAACAGUAGAAGAAGGCUUCCCACAACACGGGAUUGGCGCUGAAAUAUGCAUGUCUGUUGUGGAGGACAGCUUUGAGUAUCUUGAUGCGCCAGUUGAGAGGAUUGCUGGAGCUGAUGUGCCCAUGCCCUACGCUGCCAACCUAGAGAGGAUGGCUGUUCCACAGGUCGAUGACAUUGUCCGAGCAGCGAAGAGGGCUUGCUACAGGGUGGUACCAAUGGCGGCAACAGCCUGAUUCACCCCGUUCCUCAACCUUCCAUUCCGUUGUCUAUGUCCAGAAAGAUGUGUGGCAUAAUGGUACGAGUAGAGUACUCCCUACCGCUCCAAUUCAAGUAGCGUGAGCUGAUUUUGUAGAGCAACCAUGAGGUGUCCAGUUCCGUUAACUCCGCCCGCGGCAGCCGGAUGGCUGGCCUGACUCUGCGUCAUUCUAUUACGGUUCAACUCGGGGGUUCGCGAAUCAUGCAGGAUUUACAUGAGGGGGUGAUGGUGUCAUCAAUAACAUGUAUUUGAAAGGAGCUCUAAGAGGUCCUCGGAUAUAGAAUUUCUGGUUGCGCACUUCUUCUGUUUUUUAAUCUAUGUUUCCAUGCUAGAA